AUGCCCUACCUCACCACCUCCCAGGAAUACCUAGAGCAAUCUGCUCUCCUCCUUGAAGCGUACCCCGACUCACGCAUCACAACAAAAUACAGCUACCCGACCGAACGCCCCUCAGAAAAAGCCCAUCGGGCCAAAUCCACCCGAGCCGAAACCGAGUCCACACCGUCCGCGCCCGUCGCAGCAUUGGAACUGAAGACAUUCAAUGCCGAAUCAGGCAUCUGCUUGAAAUACCGCACGAACAAGGCCGCCGAGGUCAGUCGAUUGAUGACCGGGCUGGGGAAGCUUGCAAGCGGGGCGGACGUGGCUAGUUUGGGUGUUUCAGGGCCAGCGGAUGUAGAGAUGGUUGAUGCGCCUGCUGUAGAGGAGAGUAAGGGGGCCGCACAGGGACCGGGGCAGGGACAGGCGCAAGGAGGGAAGGGCAAGAAGAAGGGUGGGAAGGGGAAGCGAUGA